UGCCUUCUUCCGUGAUUCGCACACCGUUAUUGGAAUCUUCAAGGCCAUAGAAUUAGAGAAUCUACUGUUUGCACUGUUCAGUGAAAGCCGAUAGUUAGCAUGCUGUCCCGUAUCUUUUUUUUCGAAUUCUCCGUCAGUGUCGUCUUUCAUAUUCGGUAUCCAAUUCGCAGUUUUAACUCUAUUUAAACCCGCUUACAAAUAAAAUGCAUAAACGCUGCGAUCGUGGCAUCGAAUUAAGGAAAAACGCAAUGAAAAAGAUUCGGUAAUUUUAAUUGGUCGUGCCGAUUAAAGGAAGGGGGAUACACCCAAGUAAAGAUAGCUCUUAAUAAAUCGAAGAGGAGGAAGGAGAUUUACUAAAUUCCGGUUUUAAAACUAGAAACAGACGUUAAUGUUAUGGAAGGGAUAAAAUCUGCGCUUCCCAUAUAUAAAAGCGAUUCGCACGGUUUCAAGCAUCGGAAUAUUUUCUUUCUCACAAGUCUGUCAAUCUUGACGAGAUGAAGUCGUUUUAUCUUUUUAUACUGGUGGUAUUGCUCGUUGAUCCGAUUCGUACGUUAUCGAUCGCGCACGGAGAAAAUCGUCUCUCUAUUAUACGCGACGAUCAGAUUGUGGAAGGAAAAGCGAUUCGCGUGAAAAGAGCUCCUGUGUAUCACUUGCCUUUGUUCGCCGGAGCAGCUUUAGUUGGUAAAAAAGCACUUUUAUUGGGCGGUGCCGCCGUUGGAGCAAAGGCUCUUCUUGGUGCUGGAGCUGUUGGUGCUGGAGCUCUUGGUGCUGGAGCUCUUGGUGCUGGAGCUCUUGGUGCUGGUUUGUACAAAGCUAAAUAUUACAGCGGCGGUUAUGGAGGUGGAUACUCGAGCUAUCACUAUGCGUCAUACCCUUACGGACCAAGUUGGAAAUAACCUCUAAUAUUCAUCGGUACAAGGAUAACAAUUUUGGAAAAUAAUUUUAUCAUUGUUCACGCAAUUACUUUGGCACACGAUAAAAAAUCGAUUUAUAGAAGAUAUUGGUGUAUCAAAAUUUAUCUUUUAUGUUUUAAAAUAGAAAAUAAUAUCUUUUAAUA